ACACUUUUUACACAAGCUCCUUUAUUAUUCAUUCAUUCCCCUAUCUAUCUUAUUUAUCAACAACACAGAGCAGUGUUAAUUUGCCUUAGAAACCAAAAAAGUAGAAGAAGAAGAAGAAGAAAUAAUAGUAAUGGCAACCACACCUGCUUUGUAUGGAACUGCAGUGAGCACCUCCUUCCUUAGGAGGCAGCCAAUGCCAGUGUCAAUCAGCACCACCACAAAGGCUUUUCCCAGCGGUUUUGGUUUAAAAAGUAAAACAGGAAAGCGUGGUGAUCUUGCAGUUGCAAUGGCUACUUACAAGGUGAAGCUUGUUACACCAGAAGGAACUCAAGAAUUUGAUUGUCCAAGUGAUGUUUACAUUCUUGACCAUGCUGAGGAAGUUGGUAUUGACCUUCCAUACUCAUGCAGAGCUGGUUCUUGUUCUUCAUGUGCUGGCAAAGUUGCUGCUGGUGCAGUUGAUCAGUCAGAUGGUUCUUUCCUUGAUGAUGAUCAGAUUGAAGAAGGUUGGGUUCUUACAUGUGUUGCUUACCCUACUUCUGAUGUUACCAUUGAGACUCACAAGGAAGAAGAACUCACUGCUUAAUUCACUUUUAUUACUCUAUCAUGUUAUGUUUGUUGCUUUUAAAUUUUCUCUCUCUCUCUCUCUCUCUCUCUCUCUCUCUCUCUACAAUGAGUAGUAACUCUAUUAAUUCCUUCACUUGUAUGUGAAGUUAAUAAUGUUGUUCUGUCUUUAUUAUUCAUGUUUUUUUGCUCACACUUUUCUUGGGUUCAAUAUUAUAUGAAUUUUUAUUUUCUCAUACAAA